AUGGAUGUGUGUCACGAACCCCCGGAUGUCUCCCUCCCUUAUGAUACUCCUUCCACUCCUGUCGCAUCCCCUAGGAAACGUCGGGAACUACCAGAUACGGCGGCGGUAAACCUAUUUGCAAGUUGGUGUACUCUCAUUCCGACACUCAUUGAAGGCUAUGCGACCUACACUAGCUCAUCCGUCGGAAAACCGCUCGUCCAUUGUCCAGAUAGCCUGAAGAUGUGUACAUCUGGGUGCGCACUCAAAUCUACGAGGUUGAUAUGCUUGUACUUUGACCUACGCCACGGCCUCUUUCCGACCGCCCCAAACCAGCCUCGAUUUGCUGUAUCUACAGAACUUCUCUUAUUCUAUCGAGCUCUGUUCGAGCGCUCUUGCGACGCAGUGAACGCGCUGGCCUCGGCGAUGAACGCAUUCUAUGUGAAGCGUGGGUUUCGAAUGAAGGACAAAUCAGGAAAUCCUAUUCUAGAACCUUUUCGAAAACCACUUGGACAAGCUGUCCAGUGGUUCGACGUGCUUCAGUCUGAGCUGGAUAACCGCAUCAAGGAUCGCCUUCAGACAUCAAGGAACCUUACCCAUGACAUCUUAUAUCCUUCACAACCACUGGUACCUCGCGCUGACAACGCUACAGCACCAUCUCGUGAUCGUGCUGCUGAGGUCCUGCGACAGCGAUGCCCUGCUUGUUUUUCGGGAUCGUCGUGGGGUCUUGACACCGAGAAGGGUGGCGAUGUGCAUUGCGCAACCGACGGGAAUUUCCAUCACCGACAUCGGCGUACAGCUGGAGACAGCCCGCAUUUCCAUGUGCCUCUGUACGUCCUCCCGAAACUAUAUGUGGACUCCGUCGGCAGCAACAUCGAUCAAGUUCGCAAGAGACCUGCUAAGACAUACCAGCCCACAGUCCUGCACGAAGCUCUCGACCAGUGUGCUUCAUCGUACGAAGCUGCGGACGGGAGGAAGCAGAAAGCUGCAAUGGAUACCUUCGAUGACACGGGCCUGAUGGCACUCAUAUGUCGGCAUGACAUCCCACUAUUUGUGGCCAACAUCGACACACCGGGCGAACAACAAAAGUACGCAAUCGCAUUGAUUCAAUAUCUCUUUUCUCUCCUCCCUUCAUCAGCCACCGUCGUAGUUCUUUACGACGUAGGAUGUGUACUAUGGCGCACACUCCUCCAGUAUCCAAUUCUUCCGGAGUCGAUUGUCCGUCGAUUGCGCUUCACAACGUCGGCGAUGCACGCAUACGGGCAUCAAUGGUCCUGCCAACUCGUAUACAAUCCUCGGAUGUGCAUUGGACUGGGUUUGACAGACGGAGAGGGCGUGGAGAGAUUGUGGUCUCGGCUACGGAAAUUGAUUGCUCUCGAGCGUUCUUCUGGGCGUCAUUGUCGUAUCUGGUUGAUUGACCGACAACUCUUGGCCAUCGGGAUAGAUCUCGUCAGUGAACUGGGCGAGUGGAUACGACGCCGCUACCAACGCGGCGUUCUGAGACAGAGUGCCGAUGCGAUGGCAGUGAUCAACAAGUGCGGGGUCCCAUAUGACAUUUUAGAGCGCGAAUGGAAGCAGCAAAAGGCCGCUCAGCUCUCUAUCCGGGCGCAUGCCCCCGCACGAUUGAAACGAGAGUUAGAUACAGUCCUAACCAUACAAGCUGAGCUGGAAUCAUCAGAUCAAGCCAUCCAGGCUGCUCGUGCACUGAUCGAGAAGUCGCCAGAGGUAUCCAUCGCUGCAGAAGAUGUUAUAUCGUCUAUGGAGAGAGGCCAUGAUAAGCUUAUCAAGAAGGUGGACGCACUGUAUACGUCACUGAACGUUUCGGGAAAGUUCCCAGAACUUGCUGACGUCGACUUGGAGUUCGUUACAACACUUAUACUGGCCAGGGACCUCAAGAUCAACAUUCGAAAGCGAGCGGUUGGGAGUUUUUUCGAGUGGGAGAAGCUUGAUCGCGCGGUCGGAGGGAAUGAGCAGAUCCUUGGGACAAAACUCCAUCAACAUACCCGCAAAUCCAUCGCUAAACGCCAACCAGCUCUCAUGGCGGCAAUUCGCAAGUACAAUAGCUACUGCGAGACGCUCGAGUCAUUGUAUCAGAGCUCAUGGAAAAUACCCCUCCCGAGACCACUACCAACGAAGCUUGCACAGCUUCGCGAAGAUGAUGCUCUCAUGGAGGAUGUAUGGAUAUCUCGCUCAGCCGAAGAAAUCCCGCGUUGGUUGGAAGAUGUAGAUGUGCGAGAUGGUAUCCGGGCCAUGCUGAAGUUGAAAAGAUGCGAGGAGGAGAAAGUACGUUUGCGCAGGGAGUCUGAGAACCUCUGCGUAUGGUUGGCUGAAGAACUCACUACUGCUUCCAUCGCCAUGACCCAGGCAGCAGAAUCACCGUAUUAUAUCUUUUUGGAACAGCACAACGAGAGUCUCCAAAGUGCCCAGUCUCGCUGGGCUUCUGACUACGUCACGGCGGACAGUAUUCAACAAGCUGUGGGCUCGGCUAUCGACAAGGUCGCUCACCUCAGCCGUGAUCUGAGCGCGGCAAGAUCCACUACAAGGAAUCUCUGCUUGGACGACGCAUUCGAGGAGGGAGAACCCCAAGUUGAAUCAUCCGACGACCAUCUGCCGAACAUCAAUACCGAGGACGACGAUAAUGCCGCCAUACUCUCCGAUGUGUUAGGGGAGCUGGGUAUGGACCAUCCGGAGGACCCAGAGACUCACACACAGAAUGCCACGGAGUAUGACAAGGUCCAAAUCCAAUGGCAAGGGCUAGUGCGUAUGCCUGAUCUCACUCAGCCUCUUGCUCACUCAUCGAUACAGAUCCCGGCACACAACGGUAUGCGACGCCAGAUAUUCGAUGUAGAAGCGCUCGAAAUACUGGAGUCUCCAACUGCCCUCUUAGAUGAUGUAUGCAUCAACGGGUGUGCCACUCUCCUAUACCACGCAUGUCAUACCCCCAAUUCCCACCAAAUUGCCAUCUUUUCAACUCACGACCUUGUACGGAUACGCGAGGAGUGUCCUGACGACAUCCUCUGGCGGCAAACGCGAUGGAUGUCAUACUGGCAAAAAGACGUGUGGAUCAUACCCAUCCAUCGCCCGGAAGGGGGGGGACACUGGGUACUAUGCAUUGCUCACUUAUCGUCCCGCAAAUAUCAUUUGUUUGAUAGUUUGGCCGGACGUGCUGGGUGGCGGAAAGAUGUGGAGGUCGUGUCCGAGAUGAUAUAUCGCCUACUCACCCUUGCCAAAGUUCAUCAAGAUGAUACCAUCCAAGUUGACAUCUCGGGCUACAGAGCCUACAACAUUGUUCAACAACCGUGCCAAACGAAUGGUUAUGAUUGCGGCUUGUGGAUACUUGCAACCAUGGCCGCUACGCUUCGAGGCCACAUACGGACAGACUUGACUGAGGCAAAAAUAGGGGAUUUCCGUCGUUACCUCCAUUAUCUUGUUCAUGCAUUCCCUGAAGAGUAG